AUGGACGCGUGUCUGAGCUUGGAUGGGGAGCGCCCAGGGGGUGGCCCGAGCCCCCCAGGCAAUGAGUCUUCCCACGGUAGCAUGGGAGGGGACAGGAGGAAGGGAGAUUCGAGCGUCACAGAACCAUCUCUUCAAAGCCUCCAGAAAUUUGUUCCCACAAAUUAUGCCAGCUACACUGAGGAGAGCUAUGUGUUCGCUGGCAGAAAGCUCAUCCUUCAGGAAUCUAUCGAGAGCUAUGGAGCGCUGGUGUGGCCGGCGGCUACAGCUUUAUGUCAGUAUUUGGAGGAACACACAGAGGAGCUGAAUCUCCAGCAGGCGAAGGUCAUUGAACUUGGUGCUGGACCAGGCCUGGUGUCCAUUGUGGCCAGCAUUUUAGGAGCUGAGGUCACAGCAACAGACAUGCCCGAUGUCCUAGGAAACCUCCAGUACAACCUUCUGAAGAACACACUGGGACAUGCAGCCCAUCUGCCCGACGUGAAGGAACUGGUGUGGGGAGAAGGCCUGGAGAGAAACUUCCCCAAGUCCACCUUCUAUUAUGAUUACGUGGUGGCCACCGAUGUGGUGUACCAUCACUACUGCUUGGACCAGCUGCUCAGCACCAUGGCACACCUCUGCCAGCCGGGCACUGUGCUGCUCUGGGCAAACAAGUUCAGACUCAGUACUGAUUAUGAGUUUUUGGGUAAAUUCAAGCAACUUUUUGAAACCACCCUUUUGGCUGAAUUUCCAGAGUCGUCAGUCAAACUCUUUAAAGGAAUACUGAAAUGGGACUGA